AUGACAGACCUUGCUAGCGACCAAAACAUGAGCGGCAUUCUUGACUCUCAAGCCAUCCCUUUGGCCUCUGACAUCCCAACACCUGCACCUGCCACCCAAAUGGACAUUGACGACACUCAGGUAUCUCGCCCUGCUCCUCGCAGACCUCCAGGGGGAUAUGACGUAGAAAACAUCCCUCGAGUCGUCGAUGAGGCUGCCAUGGCAGUAAUGGAAGCAUUUGAAAAGUUUUUGGAAACAUUUAAAGAUGAUCAAUCUUCGUUUGUCGCAAACAGCACAUCCAGCUGGUUUGGCUAUCCUUACAUGAUGCAGUUGGAGAACUUCAAGUAUUCAGAAAUCGACACCAUCUUUGUAGAUUUCGCUCACAUUCAAGUGACUGAAGAGAAUUUGGCAAGUGCCAUCAAGGAACAGUAUUAUCGUUUCCUUCCCUAUCUUCGCCGUGCAGUUCACAACACAGUGCGCACUCAUUUCCCAGACAGUCUCUAUGUCAACGAACCUACGUUGAGCCCUGUUCAAGGCGGCACCUUUAGAGAUUUCACGGUAGCAUUUUAUGGUUUUGAAAAACCCGACAGAGUGCGCCAGUUAAAGACCGAGAAGAUUGGCCAUCUCUUGAGUGUUAGCGGUACCGUCACUCGCACGACUGAAGUGCGUCCCGAACUGGUGUAUGCCUCCUUCACCUGUAACGAAUGUGGCAAAGUGAUCAACGAUGUGGAACAAGAAUUUAGAUACACUGAACCCACCAUGUGUCAAGCCACCACCUGUUACAACCGUAGUCAUUGGACCCUCAACGUCGAACAAUCCAAGUUUGUGGAUUGGCAGCGUAUUAGAAUUCAAGAGAAUGCCAACGAAAUUCCGACUGGUAGUAUGCCUAGAAGUAUGGAUGUCAUUGUGCGUAACGAGAUGGUGGAAAGAGCCAAGGCUGGCGACAAGUGUGUGUUUACGGGUACCUUGAUUGUUGUGCCUGAUGUCUCUGCUUUCAGAACCCCUGGUACCUCUGUUGAAACCCAAAGAGAUACCACUGUGCGCUCAAGAGAAGGCAUUGCCAACGAAGGUGUUACUGGUUUGAAAUCAUUGGGUGUGCGUGAUUUGACUUACAAGCUCUCCUUCUUGGCUUGUAUGGUUCAGCCUGCUACUCACAACAAGGCAACGGGUUCAAAUCUUCACGGUGAAGACACUACAGACGAGGAUCAACGAGAUGUCUACUCUGACUUUUCUCAAAAGGAAAUUGAAGAUUUGCAUGCCAUGGUGAAUCUGAGAUCUGCCGUGUACGGUAAGCUAGUCAACAGUAUUGCACCUACUGUGUUUGGCCAUGAUACGGUCAAGAAGGGCAUUUUGUUGCAGUUGAUGGGUGGUGUGCACAAGGUGACCCCUGAAGGCAUGAAUCUUCGUGGUGAUAUCAAUGUGUGUAUCGUCGGUGAUCCAUCCACCAGUAAAUCUCAGUUCCUCAAAUACGUCUGCAGUAUUAUGCCUAGAGCUGUCUAUACAUCUGGUAAAGCUUCCAGUGCUGCUGGUUUAACUGCCUCUGUGAUCAAGGAUGAAGAAACGGGUGAAUUUUCCAUUGAAGCUGGUGCUCUCAUGUUGGCUGAUAAUGGCAUUUGUGCUAUUGAUGAAUUUGAUAAAAUGGAUGUCAAGGAUCAAGUCGCUAUUCACGAAGCCAUGGAGCAGCAAACCAUUUCUAUUGCUAAAGCUGGUAUUCAAGCCAGUUUGAAUGCUCGUACCAGUAUCCUCGCUGCUGCCAAUCCCGUCAGUGGCCGUUACAACAAGAAGUUGACCCUGAAACAAAAUAUCAACAUGUCAGCACCUAUCAUGUCUCGUUUUGAUUUGUUCUUUGUCGUGUUGGAUGAAUGUAACGAUGUAACAGAUUAUAACAUUGGUCGCCACAUUGUCAACACACAUCGUCUCAGAGAUGAUUUCAUGCAACCUGAAUUCACCACAGAACAGAUUCAAAACUACAUUCGUUACGCAAGAACUUUCAAGCCAAAGAUGACGCCCGCAGCAGCCUCUAAAUUAGCAGAUUGUUACAGAGAAUUAAGACAAGGUGAUUCACAAGGCAUUGGCAGAAACUCAUAUCGUAUCACAGUCAGACAACUGGAAAGUAUGAUCCGUUUAUCUGAAGCCAUUGCUAGAGUGAAUUGUCGUGAAGAGAUUACGGAAGCCUAUGUAGCCGAAGCGUUCAAUUUACUCCAAAAGUCCAUUAUUCGUGUAGAAGAAGACGAUGUGGACAUUGAUGAUAAUUUGGACGAUGAAAACGAUGAAGUAAUGACCAGUGCAGAAGCAUUAGGUGGCAUGUCAUUGGAUGAUUCUGCUGCUGCUGCUGCUGCUGCUACACAAGACGAAGAGGCUGGAAAUAGCUCAAGUGCACCCAGUGGAAAGAUCUCCAUUACAUAUGAGAAGUUUGAACAAAUUAAACUCAUGUUAGCGCACAAACUUCGCUUGGUCCAACAAUCAUCAGAAGAAGAUCCUGGAAUGCGUCGUAGUGAACUAAUAAUGUGGUAUCUUGAACAACGUGAGGCUGAUAUCAGUGAAGAAGACCUUGACUAUGAGAAUUUGCUCAUCACCAAGAUUAUCAAAAAGCUGCUCAAGACUGAUGAAACGCUGAUCGAAAUUAGACAAGAAGAUGGUGAAGAUGACUCCAACGAUCCCAUCAUCAUGCUUCAUCCCAACUGUGUCCUUGCUGAUGAAGAAUAA